CAGCGGUCGGCCCAGCGGUCGGCCCAGCGGUCGGCCCAGCGGUCGGCCCAGCGGUCGGCCCAGCGGUCGGCCUGAUGGGUGUAGUGGCCAUGCCAGAGGUGGCACCGACUGUGGGUCCAGGAUUUCUACCAAAGGUCAUACCAGAACCCCAAAGGCCAAAAGUCCCUUUUCUACAUAAAUCCCAAACCAAGAAGAGACUUUUCCCAAACAAGAGAGGACCCCCAAGACUGCAGGACGGGAAUGAAUCAGAUUCACAAGCAAAGCCAGCUGAAAAAGAGCGAGUGGAGAAAGAGGAUGUGGAAAAAGUUGAGGAGGAGGAAGAAGAGGAAAAAAAGCCACUUGUCAGCUGGCGAGGGGCCAUAAUCGAGGCUAUCCAGGCCACAGAAAGCCCAUCCUCUGCCCAUGAGAAUGAUGCCGCUAUGCCCUCUGUGCCAGUCAAACCCAAGGACACUGCCCCGCUAGCGCCAGUUUCAGUGAAGUCCGUGGACAGGCUGGAGACUGUGCGAGAGGCCUUUAGACAUGCCUGGAAGGGCUAUAAAGAGUUUGCUUGGGGUCACGAUGAACUCAAGCCUGUGUCUAAGUCCUAUGGGGAGUGGUUUGGCCUGGGCUUGACACUCGUCGACGCUCUGGACACCAUGUGGAUCCUAGGACUGACAGAAGAAUUUAAGGAGGCAAGGAAGUGGGUGGAGACGGAGUUGUCGUUCUCUAAGAAUGUGGACGUGAACCUGUUUGAGAGUACCAUCCGUAUCUUGGGCGGUCUCCUGAGUACCUAUCACCUGACCGGGGAUGAGAUGUUCCUGGAGAAGGCUAAAGAUAUUGGGCUGAGGCUGAUGCCUGCCUUCAAAACGCCCUCCAAGAUCCCGUUUUCUGAUGUGAACAUUGGGAAGGGCAUAGCUCACCCCCCUCGCUGGACAUCUGACAGCACCCUGGCCGAGGUGACCAGCGUCCAGCUGGAGUUCAGAGAGCUCAGCCGCCUGACGCAAGACCCACGGUAUCAGGAGGUGGUAAAUGAGGUGAUGAGGCUGGUCCAUAAGCUGCCUGGGAAGCGUGACGGCCUGGUGCCCAUGUUCAUCAACACCAACAGUGGCCAGUUCACCCACAAAGGAGUGUUCACCCUUGGGGCCCGGGCAGACAGUUACUAUGAGUACCUGCUCAAACAGUGGAUCCAGGGCGGCAAGACUGAACCAGAUCUGUUGGAGGACUACCUGGUGGCAGUGGAGGGGGUAAAGAAGCACCUCCUGAGGACCACGGGCCCCAGCAAGCUGACCUUCAUUGGGGAGCUCAAUCACAACCGCUUCAAUCCUAAAAUGGACCACCUGGUAUGUUUCCUGCCUGGCACGCUGGCGCUGGGUGCCCACAAUGGACUACCGGACGACCACAUGGACCUGGCCCUGCAGCUGAUGGAGACGUGCCACCAGAUGUACGUCCAGAUGGAGACGGGCCUGAGCCCGGAGAUUGCCCAGUUCAACCUGCAGCCCUCCGACGGCCGAGACGUGCACGUCAAGCCUGCAGAUGGACACAACCUCUUGAGACCAGAGACAGUGGAGAGCCUGUUUUACCUGUACAGGUUCACCAAGGACGCCAAAUACAGAGACUGGGGCUGGGACAUUCUACAGAGCUUCAACAAAUACACCAGGGUGCCAAGCGGAGGCUACACCUCCAUCAGUAAUGUUCGAGACCCUGUCAACCCAGGUCCCAGAGACAAGAUGGAGAGCUUCUUCCUGGGGGAGACGCUCAAGUACCUCUACCUGCUGUUCUCAGAUGACAUGGAGCUGCUUAGUCUGGACCAGUAUGUGUUCAACACGGAGGCCCACCCACUACCCAUCUGGCCAUCUCCUCCUAUCUGAGACAGGAAAUGAUCAUCAUGAAGGAGCAAGAUCCUGGUUUAAACUUCUCUUCUAUGAUUAAGAAUCCAAAACAGCUGACUUCUCAAAUGGUCUUGGCUUGACUCACUCUGGUCUGGCAGUUCAUAGUCAAAAGACGGUGGUACUCAGAGGUUGUCAGGGGUUUGGGCUUUCUUGGGAUUACAGAGAUGCCAUAGAGCUGGUCUCUGUUGUACAAAGCUUUUGUAAUUUCAAGUAGAUAGCCUUGAGAUGCCGGGUAGCUCAUUGUUCAGUCACAAAGAAAUGUUGACAAAAUUAGUUGAAAAUGUAUUAGGUUCAUUGAUGACUGGCAGAGAAACUACACUACACAGAGAGACUCCCCCAGAAGCCAUGUAGAUUACAUUUGAGACACAAAAUAUUAAUUCCUUCCGUCCUAAGGCCUGGUGUAGGACAUGCAAUAUGGUAGAGUUAGCAAAUGACUGAUGGUUUCACACAGAGUUUUCCUUAUUUUUGUUGUAGCUAUGUUUACCUUGAAGGAGUGAAUAAUGAAUACAUGGGAAUUAAUACAUGGGAAAGAAAUACAAUGAGUGGAGUGGGUAUCCCCAUUCAAGCCAUUGAUACUGUAAUGAUUGGAAUUCUGUUUAGCCAUUGUUUAUGUUCACUUAGUUUUUAUGGUCACUACAUAACUUGUUUGUACUGUCACUGUGGAUGACCAGUUUAAGUAGCCUAAAGUUCUGCAACUUUCAGGCUCAAGAUUAAUGUUUUGCACUUCAUGUAAAAAAGGAAGAAUUUCUCUUUUUUGAUGUUUGUUUUCCAUAUGAGAAAAUUUGAGUAGUGAUGCAUGCAGGGGAUUCUGCCUGCUGGUGCCGAAUGGAUAGUAACCAACACUGAGAAAGAAACGUCCUUUACUCAUUGUUAUAUUUGGGGCCGAAAUGUUCAAUGACAGCUAUUUAUUUUUAUGUUUUAUGGUGACUGUCCUUUUUAUUUAUGUUUUUCUUGAGCACUUAAAGUCUAACCGUCCUGUUUCAUGGAUGGUAUGAAGGGUAAUUAAGAGUGGAAUGUCUUCAAGGCAAGUACUACUGGUCUGUUUGGAUAUCUUAAAAUUGGAUUUCUCAUGCGUAUUUUGUUUAGCCAAACAUAUUUGAAUCAGUGUCAUUGUGAGGGACCUGAGUUUUUUGCAAUCGACUUGUAGGCUAGUCUCUCGUGACUGAACUGCACGAUUUGUGUUCAGAGCUCAGAGAUCUGCCACUACGUAAAUCGACAAGCCACUGCGUAAUUGAUGUGCUACCACAGAAAAUUAUCAUGUUUUGGUUCUGAGUUUAAUCGUUUUGUUGUUGCUUCAUAUAAAUCUACAAAUUCAGUUAGAAUUUAUGUCAGAAUUAGGCUAAUAUAUUCCUCAAUUAUUAUAGGCUAAUAGCAGUCUAGGGGACAGGUAUUUGUUUCUUGAGGUGAGGACAAUGUUAUUCAUAAUAAUGUGUGAACUUUAAUGUGCCUGUCAAAGAGGUCCAGGCUAGAUUAACUUGUUGGGCCAUUAUUUCUGUUGUCCACUCUGGCCAUGGAGGUGUCUUACAGAUCACUAUUUAGAGGGUUCAAGUAAAGUAUUGAAUGGCUGUUCUUUAGAAGUUGUUUACUGAAUGUUGUGAUUGUAUUGGCCUACGGCAGUGGUGUUCCUUCUGUUUCUUUGUGCUUAUCCCGGUAGGCCCGGUGGAGUCUGAAAUUCCCCAUCUAUUGGCCAAGGUGGGUCCAUGUUGUCAAACCCACCACCUAACAACUGACCUAUUGGGGACCACAGACAAACAAGCAAACAGUCACACUAGUUGAAUCAUUAUUUUAGAUAAGACUUACAGUUGUGCUCAAACGUUUGCAUACGUUUGGAGAAUUGGUAAUAUACUCACCAUUUGUAAAGACAACAUGAGUGAGCAGGCAAAACACAUGGCUUCUAUUUCUUAUGGGAUUCACAUUCAACUGUCGGUCAUAACAGAAUGACACAAUCAUAAAACAAAACAUGGCAACAAAGAAAAAGAAUAUCUGACUCCAGUCUGCAUACCCUUCAAAAGUCUGUAUACCCUUUGUUCGAAGUACUGUGUAUUGCCCCCUUUAGCAUAAUCUUUUGUAAUAAUUGUCUAUG